CCUGGGUUGAGUUGUGUACUUAGGAUAGAGAUUGGGAUGCGCCCAUCUUUCUUCCAACUGGGCAAUGCCGUGCCCGUUCCAAAACUUUUCAGAGUUAAGGCAGCUAGAGCAGGAGAUGGAAACUGUGAUUAGGGUACUGCAACCUGGACCCUUGGGGAUCAUUAAGCACAAGUUCUCUGGUGAGGAAAUUCGUGAGGCAAAUGCAACUGUUCGAAGAGCAGUAGAGAAUUGGUGAAGGAAUGCAAGCUUAGAGCAGAUGAAUGAAGUCUUAAAAGAUUAUAUUCCCAAGUGAUGGAUCAUGCUACCAGGCAACAUCAUCUUCAAAGGUUUGAUUUGGAGAAAUUGAAACUUUUGUGAAGUGUUUAAACUUCGAACUGUUUCUUGGUGCUUCAUGAAGUGUUAGAACAAUAAUUUAAGUUGGAUUUUUAAGGAAAGUUUCUGUACUACCGGUAUUUUUCUUGUGUGAGGAAUUUAGCUUGGAUGGAAUGUUAGACAAACCGAUUGGAACAACCACAGGCUUCAACAGGACACACAAGAUUACCAAAUUAUGAAUGUCGAACUCUUGGGAUCUUGAUGCCCCUACACAAUCUCUAUCCAGACACUUUCUGAUUAGAUUGAAAGAUGUCGACGAAUACAAUUGACGUACAAUU